AUCUUUUUGAAGUUUUGAUUUUCGCUGUAGAAUGGAGGGAUUCUUUAAAGAAGGUGCUGCGUAAAUUAAAGAGAUAGAGAAAAAAGCGAAAUAAUGUACUCCUGGGGAAACUGGGAGCUAUGCGGCAAAUUGGGCCAGGGUGGCUUCGGUGAGGUGAUCCAGUGGCGACACCGGACGACGGGCCGGGAAAUCGCCACCAAACAUGUCAACAAAUUAAACUUAAACUCGUUGAGUGCCGAUCAGCAGAUAAAACUGAGCGAACGCUGGAACAAGGAGUUUAAUUGGGCGCGCCAGUUUCAGCAUUUUCCUCACAUUGUGGCGGGCGUGAUCCUGGACAAGGAAGAUCCAGCCUUCCUGGACUACCUCAAUGCCAGGCACACUGCAAAGUUGCCUGUAAUUGUGCUGGAGUACUGCAAUGGUGGGGAUGUGAGGCAGCAACUGCAGAGACCGGAGAAUGCCAACGGACUGGUGGAGUUCGAGGUGCGCGAGAUCUUGUGCGCACUUCGUCAGGCCCUGCACUUCUUGCACUCUAAGUGUGAGGUCUGCCAUCGCGACUUAAAGCCGGAUAACAUAGUUAUCCAACGCAGAGCGGAUGGAAAGAAGGUUUAUAAGCUCACCGAUUUUGGAUUAGCGCGAGGAACACCCGAAAAGACAAUACUACAGAGCGUGGUGGGCACCCGCCACUACUUUGCCCCCGAGGUGGUGGAGACAGGCUAUUAUAACUCUUCCGUGGACUAUUGGUCAAUGGGCAUUAUUGCCUACGAGCUGGCCACCGGCGAGCUGCCAUUCAUACCACACCAGACGCCAAAAAAUAUUCUAAUCAAUUUAAUUAGAAAACCCGCCAAUUGCAUUGCCAUCACGGAGGAUCCAGAGGAUAGCAGCCGUUUUGAGAAUCAGUUCGAACUGCCCAAUGAGCACCACCUGUCGCAGCCGUGGGCCAAAGAGUUCACCAAAUGGUUGUGCCGCCCACUCGAUACAGACCACAAGCGACGCGGCCAACUGGCAUCUGAUGAAGUACAAUCAGUUCCAGUCGUCUUCGCUGAGCUCGACAAGAUACACCAAUUGAAGGUGCUAACUAUUUUUGCAGUCAACUGCUGCAAACGUCUGGAAUAUGCAGUUUCUGCUGACAUGACCAUGGCGGAUCUCAUUGGCUUGAUUGUACGCGACACAGAAAUGAAGGUGGAGGAAGUGUAUUGCGUUCUGCCUACUUUUCAUCCGCAGAAAAAGAUCACGCUUCAAACUAAGCCUUUGAACUUGUAUGUGGAGGAGUGGAACGACACCAGCCAGGAUUGGUGUGACCUUGGCAAGGAGACGCGCAAGGCAGCCAAGCGCAAAAAUCCUCCAGUAAUGUUGUACGUCUUUCAAGGAAAAGAAGAAUGUGAGUACAGUGUGCCCGAGCCCAGUCUGUCGGUUCUGGCUCGUAAGUUUAUGUCGAAUAAGUUAAAGUCGGAGGCCAAAUGGAUGCUGAAACGUGUAGCUUUGGACAUGCUCUACGUUCUCAACAAAGAACAGACGAUCUAUAAGAUGUUCGUGUCCGGUGUUAACGAGCAUGCGCUGUCCCUGGAGGAUGAAAUGGUCGCCAAUCCAUUCAUAGACAACAUUAAUGAGCAAUUGUUGACUACCACCUACGCAUACGAACAGUUAAAAAAUCUACGAACAGCAGCCCAAGGAGAAAUUCCUACAACUCAGUUCAACGACGGUGCAGAGUGGGAAAACCUUACGCACAAUUAUGAAGCCAUCAUAAAACACGCCAAAGCGAUCAAGUCUCACUUUGAAUCCGGUUUGCGCAGUGCUCAGGACAUGGUUAAGACCACCAAUCAACUGUUGAAGGAUCUAGGCGAUAAAGAUAUAUUCGACGCCAUUCGUUUCCACCAGCUAUACUUGUGCAACGGAAGGUCAAUUUCACCAGUAGAGUUAAAAAAUGCUGCCAAUCAAUUCGUCACUACUCGUUUCCAGUUGCAUAAUAAGGGCGAGGUUAAGGAGCUGUCCAAAGCUAUCGAUCAACUGCACUUUUAUUUUUUUAAGAGCAAGGUGCCCGUUCCAGUUCUCUUGAAAAAAUUUGACGAAGUCAAAAGCGAGAUUUUUAAGAUGCAUUUGGAUAUGAUGAAGCCCAUAUCCGCAGCUCCACCUCCGAUGCUUCAGCUGAGCGACGCCAUGGAUCGUCUGACCAUGAACUAUGAUGCCCCCAUCUCAGAUGCAUUUGACUCUCUAGGCACGAACAGUGUUAUCGACGAGGCAGAAAGGAUUAAUAACAUGCUUAUUCGUGAAAUGGAAAUCGAUCACUGCUAAUGCUUGCUGUUCGUCCAGAAAGUGUGGCCGAGGUCCAUUCGAAGUCAUUAUUUAUUUCGAUUUUAUUUUGUUAUAUCGCAUGAAAUUGAAUAGCUUUAAUAGUUUUUUAGAAACUUGACUGCAUGUUUCUCAUCACAGAAUAAUUUGUGUUUUGUUAAGUGAAUAUGCUUUUGUUUUCUGGUUUUAUUUUAUAAGCAUUAACAUUAAAAAACAAUCCAUGUUAAAAGAAAAUGUUUUAUUAUUGCCACUGAGUAGCUGGAAAACUCAACUGUUUACAUUGCCCUAUUGAAUAUCAAUUGGCGUGAAAUGAUAACCUGAUUUGACUGGUUUAAUGCCAGCUUUCCAGAUGGUCAUAAAAUUAAUUGUCGGAUUUGUUUAUCUCCAUAUAAAUACAUCGUAUAUAUUUAAUUUGAACGUUGUUUUUACAAAUUGAUUUACUUA